GCGCCGGCACAGUCGCUUCAAGAUUGCCCAGUUUCAUCUGCCUUCUCAGCGCCUUUACACGCACCAGAAAAACUACUGCUACUGUACUAAUAUGAGUCGCGUAGGCAGAGGAAGGCGCACUCGCGUCUAUGAUUGCAACUAUGACAAAGGAGAGAGCUACUACCGCCCGGUUUUGGACCGACUGGAUGGUAAAGUACCACUUGCUAGAGAGCCCGACAAAGACAAGAUCAGGACAGAUGUAGAAAACCGCAUCCGAAGUGCGCUCGAUGAUAUUGAAACUCCAAAAGACGAUUUGUUUGAUUCAAGAGGUGCUCGCGCAACAAGAGGAAAGCCUCUCUCUUCUGCUUUCGAAGAUGACGACUUGACUGACGACAUCACAGAGUCAUUGAAACGCUUACGCGCCGGUAAAAAGACUUCAAGAUUUGCUGAUGAUAUUGACUUCGAGAACAGUGUAGCCAGUAUUGAGAACAGAAUGAAAAUCUCUGAUAAAAUUCUGGAAAGCGUUGGAAUCGGUCAGAGUGAUGUAAGCAAUGCGCGAAGGGCUUUGAAGGAGAAUGAGGAACGCACAGAAAAACGUAUUGCGCGCCGAAUAAAUGAGGAGAAUUCUCUUACAAAAUGGAGUGCCGUUAAAGAUUUCGACGACGAAAGUGCUGCAGUUCAGCGAGCGAAGGCAACGAGAGCUCGUUUAACUGAUUUAGAAGACGAAAUGUCGGAAUUAAGCGAAAGAACUGCAGCAAGAGAGAAACGUGCUGCAAGGCUCCGAGCUCUUGUUGCUGAUACUGAUUCAUCUGAUACGACCGUCUCAUCUUCGAAGAUAAGCAUCCGAGCUGAACGAGAAAAGAAGCAAGUCACUUUCUAAAGACCAAUUAAAUCUAUCGUAAACGUCCGAAACUCUUGAAAGUAGAGGUAAUUUUGGGCAUAGGUGAAAUUGCUAGACUGUGUAUUCCUUUGCAUUUGAACAUGUAACACGUUGUAAUCGAUAUUUCUCUUUUAUAUUUCAGGCACAGAUUAAAGCUUUGUAUUUCCCUGGUUUUGUUUAAGUCUAAAAUAAAUAAAACUUUAAAAAAUUA